UGUUAGACAGUGCACAAUGAGAGUACGAUAAACGAAGUUUGUUAAUUGAAAUUUAUGCCUUGACAUUUCACAAAGCAGGUUUUUGGAUUUCAGGCUUGAACAGUGCGCCCCAACAACAAUUACAUAAAUUACAAUAUAAUGUGUAAGACAAUUAAACGAAGCGGAAAUUGAUUCGCGUGAAAGACGUUUAAAGUUACUGAUAAAACAAUAAAGUGGAUAGUGAACAAUAGAAUCGGAUGGUGUAAGUGUCUUGAACGGGGAAAAACGGAAAAAUCCCACAAUUAAACGUAAAUCACGGUGCAAAUUUUCAAGUUGGAAAAUUCAGUGUGAAAAAACCGCACUAGAGACGGAUAUUUAUGCAGGCAGCACACAAUUUACCGGUGUUUAACAUAAUAAUCCGAUUAGAAUAUUAAACAUUAAUCUACUCUUGUGUAAUAAUAGUAUAUACAUAUGUGUAUGUUUUGGUAGAGAGCUUAUCAUUCUGCACAUAUUAUUAUUCGUCGAAUGAAAUGUAAUCCUUCUUACAGUUUUUGGGAACCGUAUGCGAAAACCGACACGAAAAAACUCGUUCGACUUCAUCAGUUUGUGUUCAAAGGGCACCAAGGAUACAUACAUGAGUGAAAUUCAUCUUGACUUUAAUUCGAACUUGAACCGACAAAACUGAAAAUGAGAUAAGAGAAGUUUUUUUUGUUGUUAGAAUCAACGAUAAACGUGACAAAAAAGGCAAGAAGCCAAGAAAAUCAACGAUUUUCGAACAUUAUUCGAAUUAGACGCACAGAGCAGCAUUGAAGAGGCGAAAGAGAAAAAAACUUGAAAAAAUUGAAUGUGUGUAGUGACAGGGCAGGCAAAUGCAUGCAGUCUUUGUCAAUGCGCUUAGUUUUUCAUCCAGAUGAUACCGAAGAGGGUGUUUAGCCCUUCGUUGACUAUAAAAUCGUUGACAAGUGAAAAUCGUCUCAAGGGAAAUCGUCGAUUUGAUUGCGAUUCUCAAGCAUCGUCGGCCAGCACCAGCACCAAAAACAAGCCAUUGGAUCCAAUUGGAGAAGCACCGGCAUCGAUUGAAUGCGAUAAGAAAUUCAUUGGAAAAACAAACAUUGAAAAUGGAAAAAACAUCAAUGAUAAAAACAAUUUCACCAAUAAGCUUCAUAAUGAUGUAAGUCAUUGUGAAAAAGAUAAGACACAAAAUGAUCAUCAUCACAGCAGUGGCCCGGUCAAAUCGAAUAAUGCCGAUGAACUCGUAAAUAAUCUAAUUGGAACGCAGGAAGUUGUUGUUAGAGUCGGAAAUUGCCAUCGAAAUAUUCACAUUAGCCAUUUCGAAGUGGAUGUCGAUGAUAAUAAUAUUGGCAUUGGUAACAAUGAACGUGAUGAUGGUAACAUUGAAACAGUCGAUAAAAUUGAGUUAUCCGUAAAAAGAAUAAAUGUCGAAACGACAAUCAACAACGUACCAUUGCGUGAUGUUAUACAACGAAAAGUAACAAAACUGCCCAAUCAAUUACUGAACAGUAGCAAAGAAUUAUCAACAAAACUGGUAACAGCUGCAUCGACCACCACAUCGAAAAAUGUGAGUCGAACGAAACGUUUACUAUUCCGUCGUAAAACAACUACCAUUACAAAAGAUCAAAUCGAAGUAGCAAAACAUCUUGCAUCAAGCAAAAAAACAUCAUCAAAAACUACGACGACAACAGCAACAACAGCAACACAUAAUAAUGAAGCAUUUAAUGAGUUAGAUGUAUCACCGGUAAAAGUACCAACCAUUGAGAGCAAUUAUAGCAAAGCGAUUGAUACAAUUGAAGCGACUGACGAAUACGAGACACCGCAACAACAUCAUCAUCAUCAAAGUUCCACAUCAACGAACCAGAAACAGGCAAACAACAUCACCAUCGCAACCAAUUUACAAAAUGUUCGGCGAAAAAAUGCCAUAACUGACAACAAACACAAAUUGAAUGAAGUGAACAACAAAAAUGUUGAAAAUGUUGGAACAACAGUAGUCAACGAUAACGUUUCGACUUCAAAACGAUUUUAUUUUAAGCAAUUGCCUGCAGCCAAUAAAAUAAAAACCGACAAUUUUCCAUUGCAGACAAAAAUAACAAAAACCGUCGCAAAUUCUUCGAACGAAAUACACGAUAAUUUCAUAUUAGCCAAUUCAAACAGACCGAACGAAAGAAAAUCACUCAAACCACCACCGUACAUAGAUCCACCAUCACCACAACAGUCUUUGCCACGUAACAUAGCCGCAUUUAACAAACAAACAAUACGUCGUCAACACCAUCACCAUCAUCUUUCGUUGUCCGAAUUGCAAAAAUUAUUUAAAAAUAAAAAAGCUGAAAGCGAUACACCAAGUGCUCAGGUUGAUAUCAUUGAUGAUGAACAUGGAAAUUAUGCUGUGCCAUAUGUACAAUCACCGACCGACGUGAGCUCAUCACCAACGGUUGUCAAUUCAAGCGUUCACAUUCGAAUUGCAAAUCAGACGGACACAAAAGUCAACAGUCACUGUGUGGAAAGGCCAACAAACCUAACUAAAUCACGAAACCCAAACAAUCGUACCGCACUUUUAUCGCAGCAACGACAACAACAUCGACCAUUUCCAGUGCAAACUCAAUGCAAAGACAAUAAAGAUUCAUCGCAUGAUAAAUCGGUUAUCGAAACAGAGAUUUUAUUACUAGAACCGAUUGGUCAAAGUUUUAGCUCUGCCAGCAGCAGUGGCAGCAACAGCAGCAGCACAACCGAUAGCACUUGUAAUCGAAACGAAAACGAUAAAAACACCUAUAUAAACGUUAUUGAAACAAGUCAACGCACAAAAAUGGAUCCGGCCAACAUAAUGAACCUAACAUCACCAUGUGACAUGCUUACCAAGCCCGAAUUUUCAUCGAGUCAUUUGCAAAAUAUCCCAGUUCGACCGAGAAAAGGUGGUGUACCGCAUUUAGAAAACUAUUGUUUGUUUGAUCCGAGCAAAGAUUUUGUCAACGAAAAAGAACUGAAAAAGAAAUACGGUUUGGUGAGCGGUGAUUGUAUGCCGUUUCCAAUAAAGAUACUCGACAAGCGGAACAAUGAAGAGGAGCUUAUUAAAGAGACGAUUUAUGAAGACCAUGAUUUUGUCUACGAUACACUCGAAGAUGUUAAAGAAGAGGACGAAGACGUCGAUGAUGACAGUUCAAUUUCGUAUCCAAAUUAUUUUACCAUCGAUCCCGAUUAUAUUGGAGAGAAUAAAAUUGAGUCGAUUUUUGGAAAUGCAAAUCAUUUGCAUCCGAUUGUUGAAUCAGAAACCGAAGACAUCUACAGCGAUACGAAUGCGAAUAAAACGAGUAUUUAUGAAAAUCAACAAACAAACAUCGGUGAAAAAGUUGAAACAAAUGUUCCGCUUAAAAAAUCACCACAAAUCGAAAAAAUCGUGCGUCAGUCGUCACAGCCGGUGAUUUCAACAUUUGCUGCAAAGAAAAUGAUAUCAUCAUCGGCGUCAAAAUCGCCCACCGUAAAAAAUGACUCAUCCACAUUGAAACAUCAAAAUGCCAAGGUACCCUCGAAACUUCGCACAAAAUUAAGCCCACCAAACGAUCUUCCGUUACGCACAACAAACCAAAGUGCCAUGAAAGUGACGACGAAAAAACGAAACAGUAUUACAAUGAAACACAGUGUAUCAACGCCACAGAUUAGCCUAAAAGAUUUACUUGAAGACAAUUUACCAUUACCGGUGGUCGAAGUUGAAAUUAAAAAUCCCGUCGUACCGGCCAAUAAAAAUACGGCCGCAUCAAAUCGUGUGAGUCAAUAUAAGUUUUCAAGGCGGCCAGCUUCACAGCAUAGUGAUGCUGACAGCGGAUUUCUCAGCCCGGCCACACCUACAGAUCAUACAACAGCAUUUGCUUACACCGAAUGGGAAACAUUUAAACAAUACAUUGAUGUGUACACCAACUGGGCCAAUCACUAUCUCGAAAGAGUUAAGUCAAAAAGACGUGUCACCAACUUGCAAUCGGAUUGCUGUGAUGGUUUAUUGUUGGCUGAUGUCGUCGAAGGGGUGACAUCGGUCAAAGUGUCUGAUUUAAUUCGAAAACCAAAAACACAGCAGCAAAUGUUUGACAAUGUCAACAAUUGCCUGAAUACAUUGCAUACACUUGCCGUGGGUGGUCUCGAUGAAAUUACAACGAACGACAUAUGCACCGGUAAACUGCGGUCGAUAUUAGGUUUGUUCUAUGCUUUAAGUGUGUACAAACAAGCGUCCAAACAGAAAACGAGUGGCGUCUCCAUCAACAAGCAACUAACACAAGCUCCAGAAGCAGCGGCACAACUGCAGCCGACACACCAACCACUCACUCAGCAAACACAACUUGGACUUCAACCGAACGCUGUAAAUGCUUCCAACGAAAUGCUGAAUAGACAAUUACCUGCGCCAUAUGGAAAGCCAGGAAUAAAUGGCACAUCGAUUCCAUUACCAGCAACCGUUCAAGUACAACGACGAUGUCCACCAAAUGAUAAAGUACGACCUCUGCCACCAACACCCAGCCACCAAAUUGGUGCGAAUGGCAAAACAAACGGAAAUGCCGAGACGAACUCGAUACAACAAAAUGGAAAUCCACCAACGCAGAUACCGAAAAGUAGCAGCGGUUUGCGACAGCAAUCCGUAUGCAAAAUCCCAGCCAGUCCAUAUGCUGUGCAAAAUCACAUUGCCGGCAAUGGUAGCAUCGUAAUGAAUGGUAUGCCAGCCACACCGACCAAACAUUCAAUGCUCGACAAGUUAAAGUUAUUCAAAGGCGAAAAAUCAGAUCGUUCAUCAAAAACGCAAAUAUCAAAGCGAACAAGUUCAAGUAGUGGUUUUUCAUCGGCACGCAGCGAACGCAGCGAUUCAAGUUUAAGUUUAAACAACGAUCCAAAUGCAAAAUCAUCUGGAAUACCAGUGUGCCAACCGUCGCAAACAAAUGUGAAAAAAACCGAAACAUCAACAUCGAAAACGAAAUCGAAACUGUUGUCAUCGUCAUCGUCGGGCAAAAGUUCCAGCAAAGAUACAUUAACGAAAAAAUCGGAAAAGAAAGAUAAGAGCCCGGCUCGAGUGUCGGCUGACAUGAGUGAAAGUAAAAUAGCCAUGCCAAAAGCGCAAAAAGCAUCGUCUUCGUCCGGUAAAAAUGAGAGUAAAUUGAAAAUGAUUUCGGUGAAUCGAAAAUCAUCGGAUCAAAAUCGAGCAACAAACAGCUCACAAAUUCCACCGCCAACAAUUGUCAAAGCACAAACAAGUUCAACGGCAACAACAGCGCCGGCACCAACAUCGGUCACAACAAAUAUACCAACGGUGCCGAAUACAAGCAUACCAAAACCAAUGGCCGCUAUCAAAGGCACAACAAAACUAUCAUCGAACGUACAUAAUCAAAUGAAUGCAUCACAAAAAUCAACAACAACAACAACCAUCGAACAACAAUUUAAUGAUAUCAAAAACCAAAAAAUGGCCGACAUAUCAAAUCAAAAUAAUAACAUAUCGAAUGGCAAUCAGGAUGAUAGUGGAAAAAUGCAAAUUAUUGCACCGAUUUUAAUCGAAAAUGCUGCCAAUCAACACCAAACACUGGCCAAUCAUUUCCAAAUGCAACAAGCGUUAAAUCAACAAAACAUAUCAAUGAGUGAUAGUUGCAAUUCAAAAUCGACACAUAGCUCAUCAACGUCGGGCGGUCUCAUAUCGAAUUCAUGCGAUUCAAAUCACAUUUAUCGUCCGGAAUCGAGUGCAUCGGAUGCAAUUUCAAUGCGUCCAAAUCAAAUUCUAUCACCAUCAAAUAAAUUAAUAAUGGCCAAUCGCACAAAAAAUGGUGAACGAUAUGGUAUUCAUGAUGGUUCAAUGAUGAAAGCAUCGUCAAAUGGUAGCAUUGCAUCGAGCGCAUCAUCAUCGAUGACAGCAAUGUCAUCGUCAACCAACAAUUCGAAUGCGAAUAAAUUUAAUACAGUACCAACAAAACAAAUUCAAAACGGUGUGAUUUAUGAGGAGGAAAAACAAAUGACGGUUAUGCCAAUGCGACCAUUGCUUCGCGGUUACAAUAGCCAUUUAACAUUGCCAACACGAGGAAAUAAUCGGAAUCAGCACAUUGCAUACGAUUAUAAUGAUGACAUGGCACAAGGAUAUUGCAGUGACGGCGAUGCAUUGCGCAAAGUACCGGUUCGAUAUUCGGAUAUCGAAAAUGGUUAUAUGUCAGAGGGCGGAGGCGUUAGUUCAACAAAUGGCAAUGUAUUGCAUCACAAACCGAUGCUUUUACGAGCUCGCACCCAAUUGCCGACCACAAUGGAAGAAAGAUUCCGCAGCAGUAGAGGUGAACAUUUGGACAGUAUUGGAAUUCAGUCUCAUGUAAUGGAAAUGAAUGGAAGUGCUCGGCACCGAAGCCCGUUGCCUCCGCCACCGAAUACAGUCCAUUUAAUAAAUGGAAAUGGAACGGUUGAGCAAUGGACCAAAUUGGCCGAUACAACAAAUGGCCAAGAUCCGACCAAUUUGAGUCCAACACCGAGUCGCAAAGAUAAAAAUUCGCCGAGUCAUUCUCGUCGAAAUUCGUCAUCAAAAAAUCCGCAGAGUCGUGCCAAAAGUGCUCCACAACAGGUGUUCGCUUAUAUGAAACGAUCGAAUGGAUCGAUGGAUGGCCAAUCUCAGCCAACAACAACCAUGAUGAUGACCACAAAUGGCGGCCGAACAGCCCAUGUAUCAGCCGUUCCACGUGCAAAUAAGAUGAAAGUGUCUGGCGGAACUCAAACAUGUACCGCCGAUCUACAAACAAAAUUGCCGCCAAAUGCACAAAAUCGCAGUUUCUCAUUGACUGGAACAAAUGCAGCUCAACUUAGCCAGUCGAUUCGCGAACGGCUCGCAAGUGGAUCACACAGUUUGCCAAAACCGGGAACCGAUUUAUCUGUCUUCCAGCAUCGAAUGGCCAAUCGUGGAUCACUUAAAAUGACUGACGGUAGUUUAUCGGAUACUCAAACAUAUGCUGAAGUUAAAACCGAUUAUGGUAGCUAUGCGAUGUGGUUGAAGCACAGCAAUACAGCCACCAGCCGUUUAUCAGAAGGUGACACCGCCGACAAUGUUGGCAUCAAUUCACCAGCACGGGCACAUAAGAUGAUGCAACGAGAAUCAUCGUACACACAUAGCCCACGACUUAAUCGAAGCAAUAGCAUUAGCUAUCUGAAAGAAAGGACAUAUCCAAGAUCAACAAAAUCAGAAAAAAUGUAUCCAUCGAUGCUGUCACGUGGCCCCGAUGUUGAAAUCGAGCCGUAUUACUGUUUACCCGUGGGUGCGACCAUACAGAAUCCAUUGGCAGCGCACGCAAAUGCAACCGCAAAAACGGCGGUGCCAUGGAGUCAACCGACAUCACCGACACCACCGUCACGUUUCAGCACCAAUGGACCACUCUCUCCAACACAUGCUUAUCGCUUAACAUAUCCGAAAAAGAACGACGACGUGCAUGGUAGCGCAGCGUCAUUAAUAUCAGGUGGUUCAUCGUUGUAUGGUUCGGCCGAAGAUCGCCAGGCAAAUGAAGUGCGCCGUUUGAAGCGCGAAUUAUGCGAUGCACGUGAACAAGUAAUGAGUUUAUCCAGCCAGUUGUCAUCCAACGCGCACUUGGUGUCAGCAUUUGAGCAAAGUUUAAGUAAUAUGACGCAGCGAUUGCAACAAUUGUCGGCCACUGCCGAACGAAAAGAUGGUGAACUGAUGGAGAUGCGUCAAACAAUUGAAUUAUUGCGCAAGCAAUCGAUUCAGGCUGGUUUGACAACGGCACACAUUCAAAGUAUGAGCAAUACGGAUCAAUCAACGAAUCGGCUGUCAUCAACAAAUUCAAUUGAAAGUACACCAUCGAAUGGAACGGCUUCAAAACUAUCGGGCGAAACAAUAACGACCGCACUUGGAACGGAUGCGUUGCUCGAGCGACAUUUAAGCUCUGAUUCGAUGUGCUCAUUGAAUUCAAUCAGUUCGGGUUGUUCAACACAAGAUAAAAAUAAAAAGAAAUCGGGAUGGUUGCGAACAUCAUUCCGAAUGUUUUCACGUAAUGCCAAAUUAGCGAAAAAUGGUCGUUAUGUCAGUGUUGCCACAACAUUGGAACAAAUACCAUCGAGCCAUUCGAUUAGUUUGAAUUCAUCGAAUGAAACAAAUACAUCAUUGCCGCCGCCAUCGCCGACAAAAGGUAGUCCACAUCGUAUGAUGCCAGUCGUUGAAAAUGCCAAACCAAUCGAUGCCAUUGAAGAGGAAAACAAUCCAAUCGUUGAAGAUUUGAAAAAACAACUCAGAGAAAAAGACUUAGUUUUAACCGAUAUUCGUUUGGAGGCAUUGAGUUCGGCAUCACAGCUCGAAAGUCUCAAAGAAACGGUGAAUAAAAUGCGACAAGAAAUGAUGAGCUUGAAACAUAAUAAUGAACGAUUGCAACAGAUGGUAACGAGUCGAUCGUUGGCCGGCAGCCAGGUGUCAUUGGGCAACAGUGGUCCAAUGAGCCCGAAUGGAUCGAUUGGUGAUCAACGCCGAUACAGUUUGGCUGAUGGCAGUUUACGUCCGCCUUUGGAUUUGCCAAAGAGUUUGGAUGAAACCGAAGAAGAAGACAUUCCACCACCCGCACCCGAACCAGAUUCAUUAAAACAAAAUUCCGAUUUGAGUCCAACACAUUCGCAUUUGAAUGGCAAUCAUUCAGAUCAUAUGUCAACACCGGCCGAAGAAAUUCCCGAAGAUCAACUAGACGGCAAGAAAAUUUCGAUUGUCGUUUAUUUGGGUCAACCGGAAUCUUUUGUCAAAUAUUCCGAAGACCUACAACAAUCGGAAAAUGAAUUUUUCGACCAAAAAAUUGGCGAAAUUCAUGAAAACGGAUUUGAAAAGAAAAAACAAUCAUUCUCGAUGUGCUCAACAUCAAGUGAAUUUACCAUUGCCUACACUUAUAUUUCGGGUAAAACAACAUGGCAAAAUCUCGAUUACAUUGUACGCAAAACAUUCAAAGACUAUUUGGCUCGCAUCGAUCCCGGAACGAAUUUGGGAUUGAAUACCGAUUCCAUUACGUCAUACCAUUUGGGCGAAGCAAAACGGGGCCCAGAAAUUGGCUAUCCUGAACUACUACCAUGCGGUUAUAUUAUUGGCAGUGUUAGAUCGCUGUAUAUUUGCUUGCAAGAUGUUGGUUCACUUGCAUUCGACAGCUUGAUUCCACGCAGUAUCGUUCAACGAUACAUUAAUUUGCUCAACGAUCAUCGUCGUCUGAUUUUAUGCGGCCCAAGUGGCACGGGCAAAUCGUAUUUGGCACGAAAAUUAGCCGAAUUCCUUGUUACACAAUCUCAACGUGAUAAUCCAAAUGAAGCAAUUGCAACUUUCAAUGUCGACCAUAAAUCGUCGGAAGAGCUUCAGCAUUAUUUGGGUCACAUAGCUGCUCAAGCGACGAUGGCCAAUUGUGCAUCUGAGCUACCAUCUGUGAUUAUUUUGGAUAAUUUGCAUCAUGCAUCGGCGCUUGGCGAUGUAUUUCAAGUACUGUUGAGCGCUGGUCCUGCAUCGAAGCUACCAUGCAUCAUUGGUACAAUGUCACAGGCAACGUGCAACACAACAAAUCUACAACUUCAUCACAAUUUUCGAUGGGUAUUGACUGCAAAUCACAUGGAACCGGUUAAAGGAUUCUUGGCUCGAUUCUUGCGUCGUCGAUUAUUUGCACUUGAAUUAGCCACAAAUACAAGUCAACCACAUUUGGCAGCGAUAUUUACAUGGAUUCCAACUAUAUGGCAGCAUAUCAAUCGGUUCCUUGAAACACACAGUUCAAGUGAUGUGACCAUUGGACCGCGACUAUUUUUGUCGUGUCCUCUUGAUGUGACCGAUGCUCAAGUUUGGUUCACCGAUGUUUGGAACUAUAAUUUGGCAAAGUAUUUAUUGGAAGCAGUACGUGAAGGUGUCCAGUUGUAUGGUCGACGUGGCGGUGCAUGGGUGGAUCCAGUUACAUUUGUACGCGAAACAUAUCCAUGGACAGCGAUUAAUGGAACGAAAAAUAUACCACCAUUGAGACAGAUAAAUGCUGAAGAUGUUGGAUUGGAAGGUGGUGCUAUUAAUGGUUCGGAUUCACAAGAUCCAUUGUUAAAUAUGUUGAUACGAUUACAAGAGGCGGCCAAUUAUACCAGCAAUCCAGAGCAGGAGUCAGACUGUGCGAGCUUAGAUUCAAAUGUAACAUUGGACAGUACCAGUGAGAAACUUGAAGCAAACUAAAUGAUAACAACGCCCGAUCUCAUCGCAGAUGUCAAAUCGAAGAAUGUUGGACAAUAAUGAAGAAAUCAAUGAAUGUUUUGUACUUUUGUCGAAUAUGAACCAGAAUCGUUCAUACUAACCUGAAAAGUGAAGAUAUUUUGUUUUAUUUUUAAAUGUGACGUUUAGCAUGUAGAUCUACAUUGAUACUCGCUGAAAACGAUGAAUGUACGAUGUAAAUGCAAAUAGCAAACACAACCUAAAAAAUACGUUAUUUUUCUCUCAAAGCUAUAUGGCGCAUGUAAUUUUUUAAAUCGCAAAUUACAGACACAAAACAGCUGCUGUAAGAGCGUGAAUGUAUCAAAAUAAUUAUAUAUAUGAUAAAUGUGCGCUUAUUUGUAUAUAAAACCCACUUUUUAAUUAUUCAGACACACGAUUUAACAUUUACACCCCCCUCGAUAUAUAUAUAACAAUUGGUAAUGAAUAAGAUGAAACUGCAUGUUAAAACUGCUAUGAGCGGUGUAAAACAACAUUAUACACAUAUACACAGAACUUGAUGCGUAAUUAAUUUAAAUCAGAUACCAAAUAAAAAAACAACAUAAAUACAGAUGAAAAUAUUAUAUAGCUAUUUUGAUGUCGUCUUAUAUGCAGCUGAAUAGUUUUGCAAUUUACAUAAAAAAAGCUUAACCUGGCAUCCUGGCAUUACUUAUCUUAUCUAUAGCAUAAGAGUCUAAUGCAAAUUAAAUCAUUCGACACAUGUUUCUUGUCGCGUAAUUGUUAGAAUAUCGUCAUUUUUAUUUUGUUGCUGAGAUUCUUUUGGACUGAUCUCGGCGAAUAAAGUGUCGGUGCAAAAUCAAAAUGUUUAUAUUUUUUAUCGAUUUUGAUAAUGUCAAUGUUGAGUAAUCUUUAUGGUAUAAUGUAAAGAUCUACGUGAAACAUUUGAUCAAUUGUCAUUUUGGAAACUAUGUUGCAACAUAAUGUUUGUAAGAAAUUCGUGAUUUUAGUUAACGCUAGUAUUUUAUGUGGUUGGUUUUUUUUUUCUCGUGCCAUCACUAUUCUGAAUACUUCGAUUUAACUCGAUCAAAAUUUCAUCUCAAUAAAAUCCAAGACUUGAAGCAAUUUUGUUUUUAAAUAUUUCCUCUUAUUUCGAUCUAUUUCUGUUUUGUUCGUAUUGAAAAAUAUGUUCUUUCCUAAACAAAAAUAAUCUGCCUCAUAACUAUUACCUAAACCUUUUAUUUUGAAUAGAAAGUAAGCAUCAUUGUCAAAUGUUAUGCAAAUGUUUACAAACUAUCACGGAAAUGGCAUUAAUUUUAGUGUCGCUUUUAAUAUUUUAUACGAAAUAACCAGUGUUAAUGGUGUUUAUCUCAAUGCUAAAAAAUUUAAUGGUAAUGAUGAAGCAAAAGUUAAAAUAAAUGACAAAGAAAUAAUUCAUAUUGAAAUGUUUACCGUUAUUUAAACUUUUGCCGUGAAUCGAUUCAAUAUAAUAUUAUAAUAAUCAAACGAUUCCAUUUAAUUGGCCCGAUAGCUGUCUAUUUUGAUUAUAUGAAUAUUAUAGUAAAGAAAAACCAUUUGGCGCAAACAUUCGAUAUUAUACAAAACGAAAUUCGUAGAUCAAAUCAUUUAUUUGCAAAUUUUAGACAAAUUUUUACUUGUAUAAAUGGUACUUACUAUAUUAUUAAAUGAAAAUAUGCAUUAAACAAAGCAAAAUUAUAUACA